AUGUCUAAGGGAAAGGUUUGUUUAGCAUACUCUGGUGGUUUGGAUACUUCAGUCAUUUUGGCUUGGUUAUUAGAGGAAGGUUAUGAAGUCAUUGCUUUCUUAGCCAACAUUGGUCAAGAAGAAGAUUUCGAAGCUGCUGAAAAGAAAGCCUUAGCCAUUGGUGCCACCAAGUUUGUUGUUGUUGAUGUUAGACAACAAUUUGUUGAAAAGGUUUGUUUCCCAGCUAUUCAAGCCAAUGCUAUCUACGAAAAUGUUUACCUUUUGGGUACUUCAUUGGCUAGACCAGUUAUUGCUGAAGCUCAAAUCAAGGUUGCUGAAGAAAAUGGAUGUUUUGCUGUCUCCCAUGGUUGUACCGGUAAGGGUAAUGAUCAAGUUAGAUUUGAAUUAUCUUUCUAUGCUUUAAAGCCUGAUGUUACCGUCAUUGCUCCAUGGAGAGACCCUGCUUUCUUCAACAGAUUUGCUGGUAGAAACGAUUUAUUGGAAUAUGCUGCUGCUAAGGGUAUUCCAGUUGCGCAAACCAAGGCCAAGCCAUGGUCAACUGAUGAAAACUUGGCCCAUAUUUCCUUUGAAGCUGGUAUCUUAGAAAACCCAGACACCACACCUCCAAAGGAUAUGUGGAAAUUGACUGUUGAUCCAACUGAUGCUCCAGAUAAGCCAGAAGAGUUCUCCAUCUAUUUCGAAAAGGGUUUGCCAGUUAAGUUGAUCUUAGACGGUGGUAAGAAGGUUAUCACAGACCCUGUUGAAUUGUUUUUGGAAGCUAAUGCUCUUGCCAGAAGAAAUGGUGUUGGUAGAAUUGAUAUUGUUGAAAACAGAUUUAUUGGUAUCAAAUCCAGAGGUUGUUACGAAACUCCUGGUUUAACCAUCUUAAGAUCCACUCAUGUUGAUUUGGAAGGUUUAACUUUGGAUCGUGAAGUUAGAGCCUUAAGAGAUCAAUUUGUUACUGUCUCUUAUGCCAGACAAUUGUACAAUGGUAUGUACUUCACUCCAGAAUGUGAAUACGUUAGAUCCAUGAUUCCUGCUUCUCAAACUACCGUCAAUGGUGUUGUUAGAGCUUCUUGCUACAAAGGUACUUUGACCAUCUUGGGUAGAUCUUCUGAAACCGAAAAGUUGUAUGAUGAAACUGAAUCUUCUAUGGAUGAAUUAACCGGUUUCUCUCCAGAGGAUACCUCUGGUUUCAUUGCUGUCCAAGCUAUCAGAAUUAAGAAGUAUGGUGAAGCUGCCAGAGAAAAGGGUACUCCUUUGACUUUAUGA